GUCAAAGCUCCAUACACUAUUGUCUGGUGCCCUAAGUUGUACUCGGAGCUGACUAUAUCGACCCUUUCACAACUUUUAUAGAACACAUUCACGACACUUCCAUGACCGAGAUCAAGAAGAAAAUCCUGCCCGUUGAGGGCGAGCGCAAUGUGCUCAUCACGAGUGCGCUGCCAUACGUCAACAAUGUCCCGCAUUUAGGCAACAUCAUCGGAAGUGUUCUGUCGGCGGAUGUCUUUGCCCGUUUUGCGCGCGCACGAGGAUACAACACACUAUAUGUCUGCGGUACUGACGAGUACGGAACCGCGACCGAGACGAAGGCAAUUGAGGAGAAGGUCACACCACAACAGCUAUGCGACAAGUAUUUUGCGCUGCACUCGGAAGUCUACGAAUGGUUCAACAUCAGCUUCGACCACUUUGGACGCACACCGACCCAGCACCAAACCGAUAUUGCUCAAGACAUCUUCAAGAAGCUGUACAAGAACGGCUAUCUGGAAGAGCAGACCACAACACAGCCGUACUGUGAGACACACAAGAGCUUUCUGGCAGAUCGAUUUGUUGAAGGCACAUGUCCGCUAUGCAACUACGAAGACGCCCGAGGUGACCAAUGCGAUAAAUGUGGACAUCUUCUAGAUCCUCUCGAGCUCAAGAAUCCUCGUUGCAAGCUCGACGGAGCCACACCGGUACCGCGCGAGACUAAACACGUCUACCUAUGUCUGGACAAGCUACAGCCGAAAGAGGAGGAGUGGUUCAAGAAGGCGAGUCAGGAGGGCAACUGGAGUUCCAAUGGUAUUCAAAUCACGGCAUCUUGGUUGAAGGAGGGUCUCAGACCUCGUGGCAUCACGCGUGACUUGAAGUGGGGUACUGCUGUACCACUCGAGAAGUGGUGGCACAACCCCGAGCAGGUCAAGCUCUACCAGUUCAUGGGCAAGGACAACGUACCGUUCCACACAGUCGUCUUCCCCUGUUCACAAAUUGGCACCGGCGAUAAGUGGACUAUGCUAAACACGAUUUCGACGACCGAGUACCUCAACUACGAGAAGGGCAAGUUCUCAAAGUCAAGAAACAUUGGUGUCUUCGGAAACAACGCAAAAGACACUGGUAUCCCCUCCGACGUCUGGCGCUACUACCUCCUCUCUCAUCGACCGGAGACUGGUGACACCGAAUUUGAGUGGGACGGCUUCAUUGCUGCGAACAACAACGAGCUCCUCAAGAACUUGGGCAACUUCGUCAACCGCGUUAUCAAGUUUGUCAACUCCAAGCACUUCACGUCUCGAGCCAAGGAAACUCAACUACUCCAAGACAACCGGUUGGACAACAAGCUAGCAACCGAGCACCCAGAGCGCUGCGCCGCCGUCGUCGGACUAGCUUUGAGCCACAUCCACCUCCUCGCCAGUCUGAUCCAGCCAUACAUGCCCGACACCACCGCCUCCAUACUCUCCCAACUCAACGCCGAAUUCCUCAUCAUCCCCGACGACUGGGAAGCCCGCUCGCUUCCCGUCGGCCACAAGAUCGGAACCGCCGGCUAUCUCUUCUCGCAAAUCAAGCCCGAGAAGGAGCAAGAGUGGCGCGAGCAGUUCGGCGGCGAAGAAGCGCGCAAGGCGAAGGAGGAGAAGGCCCGCAAAGCUGCGGCCAAGAAGGCGGAGAAGGAGCGCAAGAAGGCGAAAAAGGCGAAUGCGCAGGGCGUCGAGGCUGCGGAGAAGGGACAGGAUGGGCCGGCGAAGAAGACGGCUGAGGAGGAGGUUACGCGGGGAGUGGAGCAGGUUAGUCUGCAGACGUCGUAGGUGCGGUGGGUUGGUGUUUAUAUACCCGGCGUUUGAGAGAGCUGUGGAGAUUGGUGUUCGGGGUGGGUACAUGGUAGUGGCCAUAUGCGUGCAUGUGCCGAAUAUGCUCAACGGCAAGAGUUCGUUAGAAGAUACUGUGUUAGUAGAAUUCAACUUCGUUUCUUGUUC